CAAUUCGCAGACGGUCAUGGAUAUUGACGAUAUUCUUGCUGAUAUUGAUGGAGGCUCUGGAGGCUCCUUGGCCACAGAAGACCUACAAGCUCUUACUAGAGCAUGGGUCAACGAAAAGGGAAGUCCGGAAAUUCUCACUUACCCGUCAGAGCUGAUAGAAAGAGUUAUGGACCGAAUUCGAAAGCAAAUAGAGACAAUAGAAAUGCAGACCGGAGACAUGGACCCUAAAAUGAAUUUCCGUUUGGUUAUUCUUCAGACAGAGCUAGAGCGAUUCAAAUACUUAAUUCGAAGUUUCCUACGCGUCAGGCUUGCAAAAAUCGACAAGCAUGCCCUGCAUAUACUCACCAACAGUGAGGUCAAGGCGCGCCUCUCUGCAUCUGAGAUCCAAUAUCUCACAGCUCACCAGGCACUACUGCAUUCGCAUUAUAGAGCAUCUUUCUUAGCACAAUUUCCCCCAAACCUGCAACGACUUGAUGAUACCGCUGGAGGAAUUUCUAUGGUUGAGCACCCUGACCUCGAUCAAGUUAUAUUCUGCAGAGUUUUGCAUGAUGUUGCCGAUCCUAUCACCAUUGAAGGCACAGACACUGCAGACGUCUGGCUAAAGCGUGGUGAUAUAUUCGUCGUUCGUUGGAGGCAUGUCGCGGACGCGGUGACCAAGGGAGAAGUAGAGCUCAUUUAAUCAACGGAAGGUUACAAUGAGAAUGUAAAAGGCUUUACGCCUCUUGAGCAAAUUUUGGAGAGCGUGUUCGAGAUGAGAAAACACGAACGCACUUGGGGCUGAAGCCGCAAUUUUGGAGCAGUAAACCUCAAGGCGUUGACCGCUUUGCCUCGACCAUAUAUGGAUCGGUCGUGCUAAAACAGUGAUGAAUGACAGGGCACGCUGCUGAAUCUGCCAACCAGACAACUUUUUUCCACGGCUGCGCGAACUCGAGGCCGCCGCUGCUUGGUUGUUUGCAUUGGCCACUGGAACCUUUUCGCACAGCAUCUCGAAGUGCUCUAUCUUCGCGUGGC